CUCGGCCCUCACUCUUGUUUCAGCUACUCCCUACUUGACGGUACCAAGAGAACUCUCACCCUCUCACGGCCCCCAAACACUGUCCCAUCUUCUAGAUCUCUCUCUCUCUCUCUUCGUCUCUUCAUUCUACUCCCUCUCUCAUAUCCUUGUUCUUCAACUAGGCGUUGAGCGAGCCAGUCUCCUCCGCCCCUCCGCCCUCUCCCCUCUCACCCUCCUCUUCUCUCACCCUCGCACCGCCGGCCGGCAUGCUCUCCUCCUAACACGUCUUCUCGCACACUUCGUCCCCUCACGCCACCUCCCCACUCUUCCACCUCGCCCCACACUACCCGCCUGCCCGCCCACUCUAGCCUCACCUCCCUCCCUGCCCGACCCACCUCCCCCAAGCCCGAUAUGUUCAUAAACAGCGCCGGCGCAGUGCUUCGCGGCGAGCGAGCCACGCUUGAGCCCCGUGUCGUGGGCGCAAGCCAGGACGAGAGCAACAACAACAAAUGGGCGCAGUCGCCAGGUGCUAUCGCAGGCUUCACCAUCGUCUUUUCCCUCGUCGCCGCUGCGUGCGUCUAUCUGCUCUAUCGGGGGCCCAACCGCAAGGCCUUCCCAUGCAUCAAGCGCAAGAAGGCGCCUCCGGCGCCUAAGGACGUCGAGGGUGAUGUAUUUCCGGACGAGUUCGGCGCGCGCGGGCCCGCACACUGGCGCGAGACGAUUGUCCGCAAAGAGGCCUUUUUCCCCGUGCCCAAGGGAGCACCAGUUCCUGCGGACGGAAAUGAGAAGGAUUAUGCGCUCCGGCCCCAGCGCACGGCCUCGCUCUACUCCUACGACAGCAAAUACACGACUGCCACAACGAUCAACGGCGCUCCCCGGUCCAACCGCAACUCGCGCACUUCUCUCCAGGACCACCGCUCCUCGCGCGUGUCUGCAAGCCGCCGCCCACCAAGCCUUGGCGCCGCCUCGGCCCUCAGCAUCCCAGAGCUUCCAGAAGCGGCCUACCUCGCGACGCAGGACCCUCUCUUCGGCCUCCCCGCUCAGGCUCCCCAUUCCGCUCCGUUGCAGCGCUCGCCCGGCACCGGGGCCGCCCAGCAGUCAGACUACUUCGGCCCUGCCUCGCCAGGUCUCCUGUCCGCUAACUCGGCAUAUGGCCGGUCGCCCGCGACAACCCCCCCAGCCGCGGCGGCAGCGAAUCGGCGCUCCCUUGUGCGCAAGAGUGUCGGCUCGGCCGUGGGCAUCCCUUCACCGCUCGCACAAUCGACAAUCUCCCACGAAACCGGCAAGCCGCAGCGGCCAGACUUGCGCAAGUCGCGCACCGUGAGCUUCGCAGAGAAACCCGACUCGCGGCGGCAGAGCACAUCAACGCCGUCGCCUCCCCGCACCCAGAGCCGGACGAGCACGCGCUCCGCCCCCUCAGGCUCUCUCCCGCCCGGCGCGGGCGAGCCGCUCGAGCCCCUCCCCCCACUGCCGCAGUUCCUGCGCGCCAGCGGCGUGGACGAGGCGAUUCCCAUGUCCGUCCCACGCGUGUCGUGGAACGGGCCCGGCUUCAGCCCAGAGUCCGGACCAUCGAAGCACGCCGACAACUUUCCCCCACUGCCCGAAGGCGCGUACCCGCCCACGCACCCCGUCGCUUUGGCGCACGCGAAGCUGUCGUCCGCAUCGGCAAGCCCGCCCUCGCCCAGCCCAUCGACCUUCUCCCCCGUACAGUUCUCCACGCCCCCACAGUCUCCGACGACAAAGCGCGCGCCCACGGCACCAGGCUACGUGUCCCGCUUCUCGCGGUCCCCGCCCACGCCCACGCACAACGGCUAUGCGCCGGAAGUGCUGAGCCGGGAAGCGUACAGUGAGAACCUGUCGUCGUCGGGCUCGCGCUCCGGCUCAGCGUCGCCCUCCUCCCCGCCAGCUUCGACCCCGCCGACCUCGGUCAGCCACUACUCGACGCCCGCGAGCUCGAUUGCAGGCCACGGCGCGCGCGUCGUCUCCGGCAAACGGCCCGACAAGGCGGGACACAGAAAGGGCGGCUCGAGCAGCAGCUCGCCCAGCUCGCCGAGCUCGCCCACCUCGUCCACGUCUUCGCGCAAGCGCGGGCUGUGGUACGACUCGGAAGUCACGGGUCUCGGCAUUUCCUCCCCCAUCCCCGCCGGCGCUAAACCACCGACCGUGGCGCCGCCGGCUCGCGUCUAACGCACAGGACAUUACGUUGUACACUAUAGAGCAGGCAUGCACG